GCAAGUUACUCCCUGUCAUCUACAAGGGUCACUGUGCGCAAACCCAUACCUAGUGAAUCUUAUCUUUUUCCCACUUUGGCCUGAGCGCAGGCUUUUGAACCUUUUUUAGACAUCAUUCCGGCCUCGCCAACAAGCCAAAACUUUCCUUUCGUUCUGUGUACUUGAGUUUCAGGGCCUUCUUCCCUCUAGGCCUUUUCUUUCCUUAGGUAGAGAUUUCUGAACCCUAAUCCAUUCUACCUACAUAAAAGCUUCAAAACACAAGAGGCGGUCACUAAAGGAAGGAAGAGGCUGAUCGGUCGACUUUGAACCGUCUUUUGGUCCUUCUUCUUCUUCUUCUUCUUCUAGAGCAGCCAAUACCUUUCAAUUUUCUCACUCAUUUUGUUCAUUACCAACUUCAAUCGUUACAAAAUAACUGAAUCAUCCGUUUGAAUUUUCAAUUCGUUUUUGGAAGAACUUCUUUUUUUCUUUUCUACAAAUUCUGUUUAGAUCAAUAACUACCUCUUUGGAUAUUAGGUGGUACUUUUGUUUAUUGAGCUGAGGUUAUUGAGAGAGACGGUCUGGGAACGCAGUGAAGGGCAUAAUUGCGAAGAGUUGGGAUUUGGUGUAUGAGCAAGGACGAUUACGGAAAAGAAAACAUGAGCAACGAAAUCUUGGGAAAGAGUUCCGAUUACACCCUCACCGCAAGUUACCCAUCGAUAUCGAAUAAUGAGAAGCAUUGCGGCAACAGCAGGGCAUCCAAUUCAUUGAAAUCAUCUUCAUCUCGAACAAUGGCGGAAGUGGUGUUGAGAGAUAGGAAAGAACUCGGCACAAGCAAACGAAAGCAACGGUGGACUGGAUUCUAUGCCAAGACAGCUCUAUUAUCAAUUCUCGCAACUGCACCUCUUGCAAUUGCAGAUUGCAUAUCUCUUUCAGGUUCUACACAAUGUCCUGCAUUUACUUCUGCUUCAGUUGAGACCAGCCUGACCGGACUUUUGUAUGUUUUGAUUUCAUCCUGCUAGCAUGCGUUUGCUGAUCCAUGCUGACUAUAACUUUAGCCCAUUUCUAUCCUAUGUUUCCGAUCGCGCCACUUUCGAUACUCAAUUAAGCGCAUAUGUUCAAACAAGCUAUGUGCAGUUAAAGUAUGCAUAUAUAUUAUUCUGAAAUUGCCGAUACCGAUAUUUGUCUAACGCGAUCAUGCAGGUACCAGCAACUCCUCGGAUGCGGAAAUAUAAAUCUUACAAACACAACAAACCUUUACGCUAGAUACACAACCACAGCUAUAUGUAAUUCUAUUAUACAGAAUUCAAAAAAAUCAUGUAGUCUAUCGGAUACUCAAGCACCACCAGUUUGUGCCGAUUCUUGCGUGAGUUUCUAUCAGAUCAAAAUAUAAACUUGAAAUUAACAGGUAGACACAGGCCCAAUUUGCCGAGAGUGAAUCGAUAAUAAUCUCUGAUGGACAACUCUGUUCAAACCCUGGGGAUAAUGCUGUUUCCCAAAUUCGUGCCGACUUCACUAAUUGCGCAUUACCAUCAGAUUCAUUAGCUGGAUCUUGUGUUGAAGGCUCCACCAAUGAACCGGAUAAUUGUGGAUUUGGAAAUAGCACAUUUGGAUUAUGUCAGUACUGUGGUACGGGUGGGCAAAAUAGUACGGACACAUGCUGCUAUAAUUCAAAAGCAGAGACUCGUUGUGCUGGUAUAGUAUUACCUACAAUCACAGGAUUCAUAAACUUCACCACAAGUACUGCCUCGGGAUCCGGAACAUCUACCCCAACUGCAUCUUCCACAGGAGUCCCCAGCUCCACAUCAAAGAAGGGAAUAUCUGGUGGUGCCAUUGCUGGUAUCGUUAUUGGAUCAUUAAUUGGUUUGGCUGCACUCGUUGCCUUAAUCUUUCUCAUUGCGUUGUGCUUGCGUAGACGACGUGGAAGUCAGCACGGAAGUAUUCUUAAUCAACCGACACCGCCUAGAAAUAAGGGAAUGACAUACAAUCCUGUAGGUUCCAAUAUUACACCCGAGGGAUACGAAGUACUCCCCGGAGGACGAAUUGCCCGAAUGUCGGCACUCGAAGGACAUUCUCACUCCGCACAUUCUUCAUCUCCACACGACAGAGGAGCUUCAGCUGCUGGCGCUGUAUUAGGCGGGGCGGCUGGCUAUGCUGCUGGGCGACGACAUGAGCAUCAAUCUUCAUCGAGUGAAUUUGGAGAAAGUCCAACUUCAGCUAUGCAAGGUGGAAUCUUGCGACCACCUCCGAAUAGACGAACUGCGUCACUUUCCAGUGGCUCGGUUCUUGGAAUUGACGAUCCUCAGACUCCUGGUAGUAUUUCAUCACCACAAGCCUUGGCGAGCAAUCAAUCUGAGCAGCUACCAUUCUUCAAGGACUACUAUUCUCAAGAUGAGAUUCACCCUGGCGAUAAAGUUGCAACGUUAUGGGCCUAUCAACCACGCGCCGGAGAUGAGUUUUCAUUGGAACGCGGUGAUAUGCUCAAGAUUGUCGGGAUUUGGGAUGAUGGAUGGGCUACUGGAGUCAUGAUUAAUGAGCGGGCGGAUGAAUGGGACGAGAAACGUAAGAUGCAACGCGACAGUGGUGUCUCAAAUACAUCCGGACGAAAAGAUCAAUCUCCAAACGCUAGUGGUGAGAUCAAAGCUUUCCCAUUGGUCUGUGUCUGUCUUCCGGAACAUUGGAAAAGGACAAUCGAUGGUGAUGGUUCAACGGACUCCGGUGGUCCACCAGGCCUUUCAUGAUGAUGGCAGAUUUCAUAUUUUCCCUUUCAUUAAUAAUUUCACGGCUUCACGACUAUUGUUUUCCUCUCGGCACAGGCGUUACGGACUAUAAGAUUCUUUUCACACGCCCAUCAUAGGACCUUUCACACACAACGCGAUACCUUAUUUACAUUCGAGAUACAUUUCACGCCCCGUUACGUUUUAGAUUUUACUUACGGCAUUACACCACAAGUUUCCUGGCCUUGGGCUUAUGUGCCCAUGAUUCAGCUUUAAUUAUAAUGAUAGCAUCAUCGUCUUGUUGCUUGAUUAUGGAGAAACGUGUUAAAUUAUAUUGAUACUACUCAGUUUACAAUUUUUUUCUUUUUAUAUACCCAAAUUCGUUUAUACUGCUAGCAGAAUGCAAACAAAACUUGGGAGGUUAGAGGCAUUUUUUGAUUUGCAUAAUAAUGGCUAUUGAAGAAAUUCUUUUCGUGGGGAUGAAGCAGGCUUUUCAAUUAGAAGAAUAGGAGGGAGCAAGGAAGGGGAAUGAUCACCUAGUAUCUGCAUGAGCUUUCAGGCUCGUAAAAAAUCAAAAUAAAAGAAGUUCAA